AUGGCUCCCCGUAAGCCUCGCUGCAACUUCAAGGAGUGCAAGGAAGCCGCCCAGCGCAUUGUUGGUGACUGCACCUUUUGCAACGGCCACUACUGCUCCAAGCACCGCAUGCUUGAAGCCCACUCGUGCACUGGGCUCGAGGAUUGCAAGAAGGAAUCCCACGCCCGGAAUGCGGACAAGCUCAACAGUGAGCGAACUCAGGUCAUCAAGGGUGUAUGA